AUGGCGUCGCCUGAGAACAAGGAGAAUCGUGCACCGAUAACGUCGAGCGACCCUCUCCAGCGCAAGGGCGGGUCGCUGUCGCCGAAGAAGAAUGGCCGCAAGGGCAGAAGCAAGAGCAUCGGACCAGGCACUCUCGAGGAACCAGAACCACCGCAACAGAGCGCGAAGGACAGGCGGAAAUCGGCAUUUGUGCCCGCGACCAAGUCCAUCUUGAGCAAAGAUGAUCUUAAGGAGAAGGCGGCGCGUCGCAAGUCGAUGAUGAACCGGCGCGUCUCCUUUGCGCCUGAGGCUACACUGCAUACUUGGGACAUCGUCGAGUACGCCAAGGACCACACGACAUCGACAGACACGUCUUCCGAGAGCACACGACGGGCAUCGCAGUGGAGUGCUUCUUCAAGUUCGCCGGCACCACAGUCAGAUGACGCGCAGGAAGCAGAGGACGCAGAGCUGCUCUCUGCCCAGACUUCGCCAGCAAAGGAGGCAGAGAAGAAGAAACGACGGAGCUCUGGCAUUCCACCGAUGGACUUCAACAACCCGGAAGAUGCCUUUUCGAGCAGUGAUGCGGAGGGCAGCGAGGAGGAGGAGGAGGAGGAGGAAGAUGAUGGUGUUGUGUCUGGGGACGAUACUGGCACAGCCAUGAGCUUGGAUGUGGACGACGUCACAGUACAGUCUACCGCUGCAAGCGACGACAGCACAGGCUCCAGUGCACGGCUUGAGAUGGCAUUGCGACAAGCCUCAUCCGCAGCUGGAACUCGAGGAAUCGAGUGGGACGAGUAUGGCGACCAAUCAAUGGAAAUAGCAGGCGACGAGAUCACAAAUGCGUUAAAGCCGUGGGCACAGAGGCAGCCGACCGAGGCACCAGGGUCCGCCGGGAUGGACCAGGAGAACAUCAAUCCGUUUUCGCCUGCCUUUAGUAAAGCAGCAACACGGCCUGAGACUGUCGAGGAGGAAGACGAGGAAGACAUGAGUAUGGACGUGACUCGUGCCGUGGGUGGCAUCGUUCGAGCACCUCCAGCUGAGGAGCCGAGCUCGCCCACGAGCGACGAUUCUAUGGACUUGACGCAGGCUAUUGGCAAGAUCAUCGGACAGAAGAGGCGCAGAUCCGCGAGCGGAGCUGGAUCACCAGCAGCUCCAGCUGUGCAACCAAAACGAAGACGUUCUUCGGCAGCUGGGUCAUCGAUGGGCGAGGAUACUAUGGAAUUGACAGUUGCAGUUGGUGGUAUUCGAAGCAUGGGAUCUCCAGCCAAGCAAGAGAGGCGUAAGAGCCUGCGAAGUCGAAGAUCUUCAGGCGCUGUGUCUGAUGUGUCAGAGGCUACAAUGGAGUUCACACAGGCAAUUGGUGGUAUCCGGCCCAACAAGGCCGAGCCAACUGACAACAGCUUUGCUGGUGACGAAGACUUAUCUAUGGAGCUGACCACUGUUCUCGGUGGCAUCAAGGCCAAGCAGCUGGGUGGUGCUAGGAACGGGCGACCCAUUACUCCACAGACAUCAGAAUCGCCUGUUCGCUCGGCUGCCAACACUACACCGAAAGAUCAAGAGCGCUUCAAGGACACUCCUGACAUGGGAGCCAAACAGCUGCUUACACCAAUAUUGCAAAAGUCCAACGAGAAAUCCGCAUCAGGUACGAAGUCCCGGCUGUCACGGUCACCUCUGCGACAGGUUCAAUCCGGUCAGGCGUCGCCCGUAAGAUCGCCGUUGAAGGAGGAGGUCUCAUACCCUGAGCUGCCUGCAUCGAAUGACAAGCCUUCGCCUGUGAGAACUCCAAGCUCAAGUCUGGAACGUGCAAGAUCGAACAAGACACCUGAAGCACGCGAGCAUGUCGGACUGCAAGCGCCAGAGUUGUCUCCAGUACAGGCCAAGCAGCAGCGCAGCUCGCCACCUGUCAAGAGUGCAGCUGUCACCCCCGAGAAGCUUGACUUGUCACAAGAGUCGAAAGAUCUCACGAACACGAUCAAGCUGCUGAACACGCCUAGGAAGGAAGCAUUGAAGACUGUGACGCCCAAGAAGCAGCCGAUAGCCAGACAGAUAUCUCCAGUCAGGGGCAUGACACCACGAGGCCGACCGACACCCAAGGCGAAAGAGCCCACGGCUGCGAUUCCUUCUCCGGUCAGACGCCUUAACGAGGAUCUUGACAGGAUUUCGGCAGACGGACCGCAAGCAGAGAGGGUCGGCCUGAACGACUUCCUCACUAAGGCUGGUAUCCGCUUCAUGGACCUCCUGACCACGACAAAGCGCCGCUUGACAGUCGCUCCUACUCCAUCGAAAGCCAGGGGCACUCCUCAAGUUGACGAAGACAUCAACCUCGAAAAUGCAACGACUGCUGCCGCUUGCACGAUCCCGGAGCUUGAGCUCUAUCAGCAUGCAUGUCAUGAGCUCAAGCGAUACACAAAAGAAGGCAAGCAAAUGAUUGCUGAGCUCGAGACAGCAGUGCAGAAAGAGCAGCCGCCGCUGAUGAAGGCUUACAUGCACGCUGCACCUGAAAGGAAGCUAGCUCUCGAUGCUCACAUGCGUGAGAUGAAGACAAACGCGCGUCUGAGGAGCAAAGAGAUGUGGUAUGGGUGGCGAAGUCAGCUUAAAGACGAGCUCAUGGGCGGCCUCCAGUCGAUUGGUGAAGGCAUGAUCAAGGACGAUGAGCUUCUUACAAGAUCUGAGGAGGUCCUCGAGCAGACUCUGCCUCCUCUUGCCGCAAAGCAUGCCGAACUGCAAGCAGAAGCUGAUCGCCUAGAGGAAUCUGUCAACGCUAUUCCAGAAGAAGAGAAGGAGGAGCUCAACGCAACGAGAGAAGAAUUGACCCGCGUCAACUCUGAGUUUCGAGAAAAACAGCAAAUGCUCGAGGUGUUGAGGAAGCAGGUCGAGGAGCAAGAAGCCACUGUUGAGCACCUCCAGGACAGCAAAGAAGAGUUUAUGGCAGCGAUACAGGAAGCCAACCGGGUUCGAGAAGCUUGUCGUGGAGUCUCCUUGAAGGAGAUCACUGCGCUGAAAGAUUCUGUGAAGCACAUCGAAGAUACCUUUGGCUGGUGCAUCACUUCGGCGUCCGCCGCACCUUCGACCGUCACCAUGACUUAUCGAUCUCAACUUCAGCUCUUUUUCCACCCCAAAGCCUUCGACACCAAUAGCGAAGAUUCCGAUCGACCCAACGCUGCCAUCCAUCUGACCUACGUUGGAUCUGAGAAGAAACCUUUGACGACCACAUUACGAUUCUUCCUCCAGCUCCUUCAAGCCACACUUCACGCGCUACCUCAAUGCUCAACUAAACUCUCAGACUUCCUCUCCCUAGCUAGCGACGGCUGGGACACUGCGCUCGGGGUUGCAGAAUCCGAGCGUCGGCUCAAUCUCGAAGCUCUAGCUAGCUCAAGGAUAUUGUCCGAUGAACAGCUUGCGAUAGAGGCGGAUGUCCUGCUUGUAAAGGUCAAGACCAAGGUGCGAGCCAGCUUCGUGCUGCGUGCAGGGGUGGGUCCGGACAUGAAGCUCAGUGUUAGAGCCGAUUCAACAGUCGCUGUGGUAUACGGCGAGCAGUAUAAUGAGAAGAACAUGACGGAGUUUGUGAAGAAUGUUGCAGGUGAUGGCGUGGAGGGAUGGGAUCUGGCUGUAAGGGGCAUGAGGGAGAAGUUGAUUGCCAGGGGUGCGAAAGGAGCGAGGAAGUGA